AGCUAUGUCCCGAGCAGCCAGCCCCUUCUGCCCUUCCCUCUUACAAGCCUUAACUUCACUAAUUCCACGGUCUCCCACUUGCCGACGAUGCUGCCUCUUCCUCCCUCGCUGGCUCCUCCCAUUCACCCUCCUUUCCUCCUCCUUGCCUAACUAAUCGCGUGACUCGCCCACCCGCCCUCGCUACCCAACUCACGCUGCCCCAGCAGUCCCCUUUUAUCUCCUGCCCCGUGCGCAUCCGCCACACGGACUAUCACCAGAAACUUUAAUAAUCAUAUCUUCUUAUAGUCAAACUCAUCAUAAAAUCGAACGGUUCAUUUUGGUGCUUUCUGGCAUUUUGAAUUCUGUCAUACGUUUAGUACAGCUGUUAGUUGCAUCUCUCAAGGUCCUUGGCAUCGUUAGUGACACUGAGGACGCGCCAGUUUGAGUGUGUGUUGCGGUGCGUCGAGGUGCUACUACUGCCCCUGUCUUGUGCUGAGGACGCGGCUUCCGAGUGUCAAAGGAUCGGCUCGCCAUGGAGAAAAGUGUGUUCCUGUGGUUCGCUCUUCUGGCAUGGGCGGGCGUGGCCAGCGGACUGGAGGUGAGCGUGAAGGACAUUCUCAAGGUGGACGAAUACGACAGAGACCAUCGACCGAACUAUCUAGGCGGGCCAACCAAGGUGAACGUGUCCCUCGUCAUUCACUCCCUCAUCGUCGAUGAGUCCCGCCAGUUGCUGGAGCUUUCCGGUGACUUGAUACAGGAGUGGAGGGACGAUAACGUUGCCUUCGCCGGCGGAAGCUAUAGAAUCAACAGCGUCCAGGUACCAGCCACGGCGAAUUCAGCCAUCAAGGAGAGCCUGUGGCUGCCUGACCUGCACGUCUCCAGGCAGGUCUUUCCCACCAAGAGCGGCGCGGAUUUCCUCAGGAUCGACUCCGCGGGUCGGAUCGCCUGGACGCAGAAGGUGCACUUCUCCUUCCCCUGCAAGCUGAACCUCAAGUCCUACCCUCUGCGCUCCCACCCCUGCACCCUGCGACUCGAGAGCGUGGGUUAUCUGUCUGACGAGAUGGAGCCGGAGUGGAACGGGGACCCACCGGUGGUCUACAGCAGCGUUGUGGUCUCGCACGGCUACUCCAUCGCUAAAGUGGAUCCUACCAGCAAGAUCUCUCUCGCCCCAGGACACAAGACGAAAAGGCAAUUGCAGCUGAUGAUCGAGGUGGCGCCCCGCAGCGGGUGGGCCGUGAAGCACACUGUCUUCCCCAUGGUGGCUACCGUCACCACCGCCUACCUCGCCUUCUUCAUCAACAUCAGAGGAGUGUGUGCCCGCGUCAUCAUCUGCAUGCUGUCCCUCGUCACGGCCGCAAUCUUCCACGAGAGUACCUACCGCAAGGUGCCUCCUGCCCACGACACGAUGGCCAUCGAGGUGUUCACGGGGACCUGCCUGGCCUUCAUCUUCGUGGCGGCGGUGGAGAGUGUGGUGGUGGACGUGCUGGGUCACUUCCCCACUAAGGGCAGGCAGCCGCUCUCUCCGAAACGCAACUCCUCUUCGCUCUUGAGCCUGACCUCACUGACGACCAUGCCAGCAAGCAGAGGGCAGGUGGCAGCCAUCUGGCUAGACCGCUGCUUCCGCGUCCUCUACCCCGCCUCGGCUUCCUCGCCUUCAAUGCCGUCUACUGGGUCGUCUACAACUGAGCUGCCUUAACCACGGCCCGCCGCCCGCUGCCCCUUCGCGCCUCUUACUGCAUGGACAAACGCACCGAUGAAAGUCGCUAGGGCGCCGCGCCACAAGAAGAUUCAGGGUAUAGAAAUCUCGACAUAGUUAAAUGUUCAUGUGAUUCCUCCGCAGUGCAAAACAACUCGAGCAUCGGUGAUUUUUUGUUAAGUAACGGAUUUCGGGUCAUUGCGGGAUUAAUUUGUAGUCUAAAAAGACGUGGACUUUUUUUCCUUUAUGCAACUGAUUCCAAAGUUUAGAAAUUACAUUUACAUACUGCAAAAAAUAAGAAUGAUGUCAUAGAUGCAAGCAGUAUUCCGCCGCGUGCCUGGAUCCUCCAUUUAUCAUACACGAGUCUUCCUCUUAAAAAUUAAACAGUUUUUGAUUUCAAUAACAUGAGGCGACUUUCAUUACGAAGCUCCGGGAGUUGGAGCGCUUCAUCUCGCACGCUCUCGGUUCCAAAUUAAUAUUUACUCACGUAUGUUACUUGUGUCUUUGGUCCCGCCCGUAUUGACACAGCAACGGGCAUCUGAGGCGAGGCAAACACUGCCGCGCGUCACUCUUCUUCCUUUAAACGCGACGUUACGCACGACCAGCGGCACUAAGCAGGCUGCCCGCCAUUCAGCAGGGGCGAUAAUCUGCGUAUUGAUUACGCUACUUGAGGACGUAACUCAGCCGAGAUGAGAGCAUGUCUUAGCGGCAGACAAAGACCUUACUAGGAGGCUGCCAACCCUCCGCCAGCGGGAGUGGCUGCGGUCGACAAUUCAGCAACAUUUUUCGUCCCUGAAUGAAUGUUAAGUUGCAUGAAAAUUGCUCGUUGGCUGCGGGAAGCCUUGGCCACACUUUCCUGGCGAUGAGGAAGAGGAAGUGUUAAGGUGCAUGCACAUCCCAGCAGCCCUGGCAGUAGGCGAGACAAAGAAUACAAGCAUUUUCUGCAAUUAUGAAAAUGAACCAAUAGAGACACGUUAAUAACCUAAAGAAAAACCUGUCAAAUAUCUUUACUUUAUUUACGAGGCAAAACUUAUAUUCGGUAAAAAAAAAAAAAAAUCUUUAUAGAACUCUAGUGUAAGCUGUUUAGUUUCCAUAAGAUUAUGUAAAUGGCACUCAGAGGGAAAACCUGCCUGGUGCUUCAAGCCGCAGCGCGAGGCUGUUUUCUUUGCGUCAAGUGAAUCCGCGACAUUAAAACACCCACUUCACUGUGAGUCCCGAGCAUCCCGCGGCGUGCGUGGGGAAGGUGAGGAGUACUUGGUCCUAAUGACGACCACGAGCCGCUCCUUUAAUCAACUACACGAGCCAUCGGCCAAGCAAGUAUUCCUGGAAGGACACUUGACGCAAACAGCCGGCGCGGACCCAGCUGGCGGCACACGCGGGUUGAAGGGCGCCUGGGGUCUGGCAGGGUACAUGGGAGGCGCCUCUCCUUCAACAUAACUGCUUCAUUCAUCAUAAAGGUUUUGUACCCUGGUCGAGGACAUUAUCAUUACAACGGUGUAUUUACCUGCAAGUUAAACAAGAAAUUACACAUGUGCGACUUGGUUAUGAGUAGAGCACCACACAGCACAGCAGCCUCCCUCAUGCUGUAUGUGUGCUGCACGCGCCGCGAGGCAGCUCCGGCAAGCUCUGAUUAAAAUGUUUCUUGAUUUGUUGUACGCAAUAUUACUCUCUCUCUCUCUCUCUCUCUCUCUCUCUCUCUCUCUCUCUCUCUCUCUCUCUCUCUCUCUCCCUACGAAAAAAUCUAAACAUAGAAGUAAAUAUGAACUGUACGUGACGGCUUGUAUAUAGCUCGUGGUGGGAGAGACUGCUGGAGCGCCGGUGUGAUGGUGGUGGUCUAGCUUCGUGAUGGCCUGGUGGUGUGGUAAUCUGGUGCACCUCACUGGAAGAUGUCAGGAGCGUGAACAGUGAACAGAAGGGAGGAGCAACGUGACAGCACUUCAUCCAGCGCAUCUGAGCCUUGCAGUGUUAACAGAUCUCAAGCCAAAUAUCAGAAUAACGACUUAUUAUUGUGGUUUAGUUGCCGGAAUUAAAUGCUUGACAACAGUGGCAGUAAUAAUAAGAAUAACGACUUUGAAUUGUGGUUUGUUUGUCACGAUGAACAACCUGACAACAGUAGCAGUAGUAGUAACAUCUGAUUCACCGGGACGUUUUACUGAGAUUGCUUUCACAUAUUGUUAACCUGCGUAGGCUUAAUUAGUCAAUGGGUAUUUUUCAUGCGUGCUGCCUUGUUGUACGUCAUCUCAUUAUCACCACCAGUCUCCAAGAUUCCAGUGCAACAUUCCAAUUUUCUUUAUUCAUUUCUCUGCUUUCCGUCUGUUCCAGGCCACACCGAAAAUCUUCAUGUCUCAUUUCUCCAAUCAGUUCUUCGUCUCGUUUAUUGUGCUUUCCUUUGCCCUCCUUGCAUUGCGUAUGAGACUCCUAUUAGCUCUUUCACUGCCAUAGCCUUCCUUUAUCAACGCUCAAAGCAGUGAAAAACAUUCAUUGUAUGGACACAAAAAAACAAAACAAAAAUAGAGAGAAUAGGAGGUCAAUUCUGUGAUUCCUAGGCUCGAGAAAAUGUUCAUGGGACUGCAGUAGGAAAAGGUGCGAGUGAUUAUGAGAGAAACUGUUCAUCAGUGGAAAAGUUAAUGCCACGCUGGGGGCGAUACGAUGGCACAGCGUUACUAGAGACGAAGACGGUUGCCUGUUUGUGUGUUUCGUCCGCAGCACUGUACAACUUUGUGCAACCUGCCAUGGAAAUUUACUCAUCCACGAGAGAGAGAGAGAGAGAGAGAGAGAGAGAGAGAGAGAGAGAGAGAGAGAGAGAGAGAGAGAGAGAGAGAGAGAGAGAGAGAGAGAGAGAGUCACCCUGCCGAUAACGAUCAUAAUAAUUCCUCUUCACGUUUGUUUUGUCCCCGUCAUGCUGUGAACUCUGCCGGACCGUUUGGCGCACCCCGGCCCGGACACCGCUUGCCUGGGGGCGGCGGGGAUGGGGCGGAGAAGCAAGUGGGUUAUUUAAUGGUGGGGAAAGUCUGGUGUGGAAACCGAGUGUGGGAAAACCUGACCCAUAUCCAAACCCCAUAGCCAUCCCAACGUUUUAGCUUUUUUUUUCUCUUUUCUCUUUUUAUUUGCAUGAAAACAACCCACGCAGCUUUCAACAUUCACGUCCCAGUUAUACCUCGUUUAAUUAAAGUGUCAGCGACUUGAUUACAUAAAACAUAAUUUCUGGUAUCGUACAAAGCUGGAAAAUUAAGUUAUAUAAAAAGAUCGCUGUUUUCAUUGCAUUUUUUCUUUUUUUUGUGCAAAUUUCACCAUUAAUUACAUCCCAACACAAAGAGCCUGCGGGGUCAUAGAAUACAUUUUUACUCUGUAAAUCUAUCUAAAAGAAAAAAAGUAUUAGACAAAUUCAUGGACAGGGAUAACAGGUGUGAAUAGGAAGGAAUAUAUCAUACAGGGACUGCCACGUGUAUGCCUGAUGGCUUCUUCCCCUAUGUUCUUAAGUUCUCAUGCUGUAAAAUAUAUAUAUCCCUGCUUUUCCACACCAAGCAUCACAGGGAGGUGCGCCGGGCUGCCACCAAAGGCCAGGCGGUUCAGAUGACACUCCCAGCUGUAGCCAAACACAAGAGGCAUCCCGUGUUAUAGGAUCAACUCGAGGCUAAAGGGUCUAAUGAAUCAAAACUCCUUUCUGAUAACUUUCUGAGCGGGUUUUCUAACACGGGACGCCUCAUCACCACUGGAGGCCACGAAAAGUAACUAUUUUAAACUCUACUAAGAUGUUAGAUAAUUAAGUAUUUCACGACGCUCGCACUUCAGAAUGACUUAUUUCUACUGUACAGAAGCAAGACAAUACAGAUGUUACAGAAAUACCAUAAUGAAUAAGUUUAAAA